AUGCCGGCGACAGUUCCGCACACGCGUAUGCCUGACAGCAACAGAGUGCCUGUCUCCUCGACUCUGCGCACUCACGCCAUCUGGAGAGACACAGUCGGGCAUGACCCGUACGCGCCGCAGGCGGGUCAGGAGGCGGCAGUCGAUGCCUCGCUGCGCGACAAGGCGCAGGAGCUGCUAGUUCUCGCCAGACUGACCGGCUCAGUAGCCUCUCGCACGCCCGGCGCGUGCCCGAAAUGCAGACAGGUCGGGCAUUUGGCCUAUCAGUGCCGCAACAUGCUCACGGGCGCCACCGACGCGCGUGACGCCGCAGAAGAGGCUUUCCGGCGAGUGCAGGCCCACGACGAAGAGGAAGACGACAAGAGAGCGCGACAAGCUCUCGGCAUCGCGACCGACUCAGAGGACAGCGACGACGACACCCAGAUGCGGAAGCGGUUUCGCGUGGGCUUCCCGGGUGGCGAUAUCCGGGCUUUGUCUGCGGAGAAGAAGAAGCGAAGGAAGGCGAAGAAAGCGGAAUCUUCCUCGUCGUCAGACAGCAGUAGCAGCAGCUCAGACAGCAGCAGCGACAGCGAAGACGAACGGGCGAAAAAGAAGAGAAAGAGAAAAUCGAAGAAGCAGAAGAGGCGCGACCGAAAGUGA